GAAGGGAGACACAUGGCUUGAGAGGGGAUCUGAAACCUGGUCCCAAGCCAGGAGCAGCUGUGCAAACCGAGGAGGGGAUCUCUUUAAGGUGGUGAACAGCCCGAUACAAAUGUUCCUGAAGAACAUCUCCAGAGAGGGAAACAUCAGCAAUUUCACCUGGUGGCUGGGGGAGGGGGUCCAAGGGCAGCACCGGGAACCCACCACAAAAAACGCUGAAGUUUCAAAGGAAAACUGUACCUACAUAAAGUUGGAUCCUUUUCAGCUCAUCUUAACACCCGACUGCAACCAGAGACGAGGAUCUCUCUGCACACACAAUGAGUGGUCUGCCUCAAACACAAAGAACACAAUGGUGUCAAGUCAUGCAACCAGAUCUCGACCCAAAAGGACUCUUUUAUCUGACAUGCUGGCAUCUGUUGCAAAUAUUGAUAGCUUUCUCCUGGCAGCAGAAGAAGAACUACUGCGAAUGGAAAGAACAGCAGAUGAGCCCACAAACCAAAACAGGGACGAGUUCAUUAAGUAUUUGUUGCUUGGCACUGUGAAGCUGCUUGAUGACUCUAUUUUGCCAGACAAUGACACUGUUAAUAAAAUAAUCAAAUGCAGCACCGGCAUCCUCCUUCUCUCCAUGAACAAAUGUGACAUCAAGACCAACCCAAACCCUACUUCUUUGUUUGAGCAAGUCCUUGAGAUCUUUCGCAUAAUCUCAGAGCUGGUGGUUUCAAAAUACCCCCAGCAAUUUAUCAUCAGGCACCCAACAGGCAUCAUCUAUCAAAGCAGUCACACACCUGCCGAACUAGGCAAUGCUGUGUUGGGUUCAGAGCAAGAUGGUGCGUUCAUCAAACUACCCUCAUUUGCAGCGCUUAAGAGUCAGCUUGGAGGAUACGACAGUAUCAAAUCACAGAUGGCUACAUUCACAAAGAAUCCACAUCCAACUGAUGUCCAAAUCUCAGGAACUGUUUGCAGCCUUUUACUUAGUAAUAAUAAAAAAGAAAUACAUCUGUCAAACCUGUCAGAGAUGGUAGAGAUCUUUAUACCUUAUCCAAAUGCUUCAAUACCAACGAACAGUACAAUUGUUUUGGAAAAAAACACAAAAGCACUUACCACAAUCAACGUCUCAGACCCUGACGUGACCAUCUGCUUAACUGUGGAGCCCAAUGCCAAUGUUGCCUUAGUUCUUAGGUUGUCUGAAGGGUCACCUCCAAACGACACAUACUUCAGUAACACAACCAUCUUGAACCUCACAGAAGGCUAUCGCUGGAUGAUAACCCCUGAGAUGUUGCAGCAUACUCGUGGAGUCUGGUAUAUUGAAUCCGGACUCUUGAAUUCCUCCUGGGAACCAGGUCUGACACUAAGGAUAAACUCUUUUACGGCCAAGUGUGUGUACUGGGACGUAGAGAAGGAGACAUGGAGCACGUAUGGCUGCCAGGUGGGGGACAAAAGCACUCCAGAGCGAACACAGUGUCUGUGUAACCACCUCACUCUCUUUGGGAGCUCCUUCUUUGUGAUGCCAAACUACGUGGACUUAUCUCGCACCGCAGAGUUGUUUUCCACCUUGUCUGAGAACUUUGUGGUGCUGGCUCUGCUGUGCACCUUCUUCGGUCUCUACCUGGUCACUCUGCUGUGGGCCUGCUACUCUGACCGCAGAGCACGCUCUAAGAGGAAGAUGACUCUGCUGGAAGACAACCACCCCGGCGCUCAGUACAAUUAUCUGAUCGGUGUCCAAACUGGCCAUCGUAAGAAUGCUGGGACUACUGCCAAUGUGACAGUGAAGCUGACUGGCUCAGACGGCGAGAGUGACACACACAUCCUCACAGACCCUGACAAGCCUGUGUUUGAGAGAGGAGCUGUUGAUAUGUUCCUGUUGGCCACACCCUUCCCUCUGGGCGAAGUGCGAAACCUCCGACUGCAGCACGACAACUCUGGGGGCCGUCCAUCAUGGUAUAUAAACAAGGUGACCGUACAAGACCUCCAAACACGGCAGGUGUUUCACUUCUUUUGUAACUGCUGGCUGAGUGUUGACCAUGGAGACAACAUGACCAAGAAAACCUUCAAUGCUGCAAAGAACAACGAGGUUGCCAGCUUCAGGAAUAUUUUCCAGACUAGAACCUCGACAGGCUUCAGGGAUGAACACAUCUGGGUGUCCAUCGUGGACCCUCCCUCACGUAGUCCGUUCACUCGUGCCCAGAGGGUCUCCUGCUGCAUGAGCCUGCUCCUCUGCACCAUGGCAAUCAACAUCGCCUUCUGGAACAUUCCUAUAAAAGAGGAUUCACCAGUUGUCUUCGAAUUUGGUUCCAUGCAAAUCACGUGGCAGGAGCUAAUGGUGGGGGUGCAGAGUGGUCUGCUCAUGUUUCCAAUCAACAUCCUCAUCAUCACCAUCUUCCGAAGCAUCAAACCUCGCGUGAUUUCAAAAUCUCAUAAAGGAGACUCUGAGGAGAGCUUGAGACCCCCCUCUGUCACCAUACCAUCUAUUCUGAAGGACACAGAGGAGGUGAUUUCCAUGAUGAGCAUUAGUCCGAGGAACAAAAUGUCAGAGACGCACAGGCUGGAGUCGACCUCUGACCUAAGCUAUGCCCUGGACAUGGUCCAUGAUUUCAUCCAGCUUAUGCAAGGGGAGAGUGAGAGUGACCCUCACUGGGUUUACUGCAGCAAGUUCCUCCUGGCUGGUCUCUGUCACCUGCUGAUGUGUCUGGAGAAACUGGAUGAAAGGAACUUCCCGAGUCCACAGGACUACCUGCAGACCCUCAACACCACCAACAUUCUGGUUCGCAAGGCCGAGAUGGUCUUCAGCAGCCACUUGGCCUACUGCCCCCCUCCCGUAAAGAAGAGGAAGAAGAAGGCAACCUGCUGGCUGCCCUGGUGGUGUGUGUUCCUGGGCUGGUUCCUGCUGCUGUCCAUCAGUGGAAUAUCCACUUUCUUCACCCUAUUGUACGGCUUGGAUUAUGGCAGAGCUAAAUCCAUCAAGUGGGUCAUGUCUCUGAGCCUCUCCCUCUUCCAGAGCAUCUUCAUACUGCAGCCUCUCAAGGUGUUAGGAAUUGCUGUGUUUUUUGCCCUGCUGCUAAAACCUGUAGCUGUGGAGGAAUCUGAGGAAAUCGAGCAGUUGAAGUUAGAGCAACAAAUCAAGUGUGGUCGCUACUCUGGCAGACACUCGCUGUGAGGAGGCUGCAUUAAGCGAGAUAAGCUGUGUUUCUUCUGGGCACAGCUGUGAUCCAUGACAACCUGACUUCUUAAACACUCUUUUCCACUUUUUGGAAGUUCUUACUUUCUAAAUGAAAUAUUAAUUCUGGUGUUUUGUAUGUGUACAGAGUUCCCAAUGCAUGAGAAUGUUUUCUGAAAGGGUGAGUCAGGGUAAAUGGGUAAAUAAAUAACUUGUUCUUGCAUUUUAUAGUGUUUCUUUUGAAAAUCUAGACAUCAUGAGCUCGUUGGGUUAUUUUAAAGAGGGACAAACUGUCUUCAAUAAAGUAAACAUACUCAUCCGUAAUAUAAUAGGAGCCCUGCUAGAGCUAUUGAAUAUGUAGAGAUAUUCUAUACAAUACAAAGAAUAUAUGUAUUUUUGUUGUUCUUAUUGUUAUUUUACCCAAGUUUACUAAGUGUAAGUUUGGGUUUUAGUAGAGCAGUUGAUUGGUACCAUGGGGAGAAAUACUGAACCCUUCUCGUUUUAUCAUGAAUUUAUAACAAUCCUUCUGAUAUUUAUUGUUAGAAUACAUCAUUAACUUUAUAGUAACUUUAAAAAUAUGGACAUAUUUAGAAUUAAGCAACUCCUAAAUGCUGUUAGUCAUCGCAGUGUGGCGUCUGACUGCAUACAAAGAUGGGCUUUUAUUAGAGUGCAAAGGUGCUUUUAUGUAAUAUGUGGGACGUAUGGAAAUUGAUCACUUUUUUCAUUCCACCUUCGUGUCACUGUAAUGUUCUGAAUGUGCAUGUCAUGAAUUCUCAUCAUAUGCCGACUUUCUAUGUGAUUCAGUCUGUCCUUCAAUCGAAUGAUUUCGUAGCAAAACUAACUGCA